AUGUCGAAAGUGUGGUUCAUUCUCCUCCUUCAAGUGAGUUUGGUGGUGGCCAAACAGAUCGUUGUCGAUCUUGAGGAAACCGCCGCACCAUCGGGUAAGAUUUUUGAGAUAUUUUUACAGUUUUUGUCAUCAAUCUAUUGAAUGAUGACCAGAGAUUGCCACGACUCCGGAGCCGGUAAUUUUGGGUCCCGAGCCCAAAAUCGGAGGCUGGCACGGCAUCCGGAGCCGCAGACCUUUUCAAAUUUUGCACGAGAGCCGGUAGCCGGAGCCGCAAACUAAGCCUUGGCUCCGGCUCUGAAAGCUAAGAGCCGGAGGCGGCUUCGAAAUCUCGCACGUUGCUAUCUCUGAUGAUUACCCUGUAAAUGGCGUCACUCCUUCCAGACCCUAUGGUUCAACACGACGCCUACGGCCAAGGCCUGACCAAUAAUCAAAACGUCGCAUUCACCGGAACUAUCAGCAUUGGAACUCCGAGACAAAAUUUCCGAGUUCGCUUCGACACUGGCGCUGUGUACACCUGGGUGCCGGUGAGAGGAUGUAAAGAGGGCAACAGAAAAUGCGCCGGCAAUCAAUACAGUCCGACUCGAUCUUCCACGUCAAGGAAUGUCAGCGCAACUUUCCAAGUCAAAAUCCAAAAUGGAACCGCCCGUGGCUCGUUCUUCGAAGACGUUGUGGAGGUAAUCUUGCCUUGAUUUAGCUAGUUUUUUAGUUGGGUCCCGCUGACGGCAAGAACAAUUUCCGUUUCCCCACUCCAGUGCCUUUCGGCGGAGCCGACCAAUUGACCAACGGCGUGGAGGCCGUCGUCGGACUUCCAUCCUUCAGCACUUUUGACAGAAAAUCCAACCAUGAAACGUCCCUUCUUUUCAAUGCGUUGAAAGUAUUUGAAAAGCCCAUUUUUACGUUUUACAUGGGAAGUUGUCAGGAUGACAAAUGCAAGAAGAACGGCAAAAUCACCUUCGGCGGUUACGAUGAGGAAAACUGCGGACCCGAAGAUCAGAUUCUUUGGCUUCCAUUGUCCGACAACUCUCUUCAAUGGACUGUGAAAUUCGCCUCAAUCAAUGUGGGGCCAAGGUCGAUUGGGCAGAACAUUCCGGUCGUAAGUGACACCGGCUCCCCAACUCUCAGCUUCCCGCCAACCUUGUACAAUCAACUGAUCAGAUGGUUGAAGGUGAAGCCGCAAAAGGACGUAAGUAAUAGUCAUAGCUAAAAAGCCGAAAAACACAGGGCAAAAUCGUCGUCCCAUGCGGUACCUAUCUGAACAUCUCGUUCGCCGACUCCGCCGAAUAUCCGCCGAUUCCUCUUCCGUCAGCCAAUCUGAUGAAGAAGACCGGAAACGGCAAUGAUUGUGAAGUGCUGAUCAACCAAAAACCCGGAAAAGUGAUCUUCGGAGCUCCGUUUAUUCGCUCUUACUGUCAAGUCUACGAUAUGAAGGACCGUCGACUCGGAAUCAUUCCUCCGGCGGAGCGUUUCGACGACCAAGGACAGGAUAACAGAGGACAGGACGGACAUGAUCAUGGCAAUGGAGGGAAUGAUGGACACAACCAUGGCGGCAAUGGAGGGCAUGGUCAACAUGACCAUGGAAACGGAGGCUACGACAACGGAAAUGGAGGUCAUAAUCACGGACAGGAGGGACACAACCAUGGAAAUGGAGGUCACAAUCAAGAUAACGGAGGCUACGACAACGGAAAUGGAGGUCAUAAUCACGGGCAGGGGGGACACAACCAUGAAAAUGGAGGUCACGAUCAUGGUAAUGGUGGCUAUCCACCCUACAGCAACCCCAGCGACCCAUACGGUCAAAAUCCCUACAGCAACCCCAGCGAUCCCUACGGUCAACAACAUCAACAUGGAGGUCCAUCCUACAACUAUCGUGGAUACAUCAACUACUUUUAA